AUGUUUCUCUCAAGUCUCUUGACAGGCUCUUUCCUUGCGGUUCUCGCCAAUGGCGCUGCCGUUGCAGCAGACCAGGUGGGCGACUUGGCGCCUCGGACAGAUUCUCGCGGUCCUGUGCUCAACAUCGUCGCCCCAAACAUCACCUCCAAGUGGUUCGAGGGAAGCAACUACGUUCAAAUCAUUGAGAUGUUCGUCGAGAACACCGACGACAAGGAGUACGUCACAAGCGGCAACGGACUUCAAAUCUCCGUCAGAUCAUCCUCUCUCGACACCGUCGUGCCAGGCACGCUGAAGCGCCUCGCGCCGAAGCAGUCGGCAAUCGUGCAAGUCGGCGUCAGGAACAAGCGCGGCGUCAAGCCCGGGACCGCCUGCAGCGCGGAAAUUGUGCCCGAGUACCGCGGAAGGCACUCUGCAGGCAAUUCCGCCAAGGUAUCCGGCAGCUGUGGCAUUGGUGACUUUGAGGAGUCGGUGCAGAGCGUCCAGUCGCACACGAACCCGGACUGGUUCAACGACGCCAAGUACGGCAUCUUCAUCCACUGGGGGGUCUAUGCCGCACCUGCGUACGGCAAUGUCGGCGACAAGGAAAAUUAUGCUGAGUGGUACUGGAAUUGGAUGCACAGAAAAGGCGACAAGACGGCGACGUACGAAUACCAUUUGGAGACGUAUGGCCAAGACUUCAAUUAUGACGAUUUCUUUUCCAACUUUACCGACAAAAAGUUUGACCCCAAAGCGUGGGUUGAUCUGUUCUCCGAUGCAGGAGCGCAGUACUUUGUCCCGACGACGAAGCAUCACGACGGAUUCGCCAUCUUCAACUUUUCCGAGUCAAUCAGCCGUCGCUCCUCUGUUCACUAUGGCCCGAAGCGCGACUUCAUUGGCGACCUCUUCGCCGCCGCUCGCAAGCACCAACCUCACCUCCGACUCGGGACCUACUUUAGCAUGCCCGAGUGGUACAAUCCUGCCUACAAGCCCUACGGUAGCGGCAGCUUCCCCGGCGGGCCGCCGACGAACCCGUACACUGGCGCGGAGCUCGAGUACACCGGCUACGUUGAAGUCGACGAUUUUGUGCGCGACAUUCAGCUUCCGCAGAUGAAGACGCUCGCGUACGAGUACGGCGUCGACAUCAUGUGGUGCGACAUUUCAGGUUCUCCCAAUAACAUGACGAUCCUGGCGGCCCCGUGGCUCAACUGGGCGCGCGACCACCGGCGGCAAGUCACCUUCAAUAACCGGUGCGGGCUCAAGGGUGACUUCGACACACCCGAGUACACGACCAACAAUGAGACGGUUGAGCGCAAGUGGGAGGCGAGCCGCGGCAUGGAUCCGCAUUCGUACGGCUACAACUACCAGACGCCCGACGACAAGUAUCUUACGGGCGAGAACAUCACGCGGACGCUCGUUGACAUUGUAAGCAAGAACGGCAAUUUCCUGCUUGACAUUGGCCCGGCGCACGACGGCUCGAUCCCGGAGAUUAUGCAAAAGGGGCUGCGCGAUGCGGGCAGGUGGAUUAAGGGCCACGGCGAGGCUAUCUUCGAUACUCGCUACUGGAAGGUUACCCCCGGAGUCGAUCCCCUGCGAUAUACGACGACGCGCGAUGCCUUUUACAUCCAUCACUUGGGAGCGCCCUCGGUCAGCCUUUCAAUUCCGGAUCCGGUGCCGUAUCUGCCUGGUGACAAGGUCACGGUCGUGGGCGGCAAGCAACACGGCAAGAGCGUACCGGUGUCUUGGGAUGGGAUUGGCAAGCUGACCCUCAAGCUGAGCGAUGAGGUCAUUAAGGGCGACGAGUAUGUGUGGGCGUUCAAGAUUGAGUACAAGUAA